AUGCCAGGCAGCUUCGUGGGCAGAAAAGUCCUCAUUACGGGCGCUGCCAGUGGAAUAGGCCGCGCUACGGCCAUCAAGCUCGCCGCCAAGGGGGCCUCACUCUCACUUUGCGACAUCAAUGAGGACGCCCUCGCCAAAGUAGCGGCGGAGCUGUCCACAGAAGGGACACACACGGUAUUCCAGUGCGACGUGGGAUCGAGCGCGCGUUGCGAGGCCGCCGUGCAGCACACGCUGUCGGAGCUGGGCGGGCUCGAUUUUGUCUUUAAUUGCGCAGGCGUCAACCCGACGGCCCUGGCCAUCACGGACACGACGGACGAGUACUUUGACAAGCUGGUCAAUACGAACCUCCGGGGUCCUUAUAAUAUCACCAGGGCCGCUGUGCCGCAUCUCAAGGCCGGAACUGCCAUUGUCAAUGUGUCUAGCCAGGCAGGGAUACGGGCCACCAACGGGUUUUCUAUUUACUGCGCAACAAAAUUUGGCAUCAUUGGCUUCACGAAAGCCAUGGCGCUCGAGCUGGGCCCAAAGGGUAUCAGGGUCAACGCCGUCGCACCAGGUCCGAUAGAUACGCCCACGAUGGCUGGCAAUGUGGCGGGUGGAGAUGCCAACGAGCGGCUCGUGGCCGAUAUCGCCUUGGCGCGGCUGGGGCAGCCCGAGGAGGUUGCCGACGUGGUUGUGUUCCUCUUUAGUGAGGAGAGCAAAUUCAUGAAUGGCAGUAUUGUCGAGGUGACUGGAGGGUCAAGAUAA